GCGGAUGCAGCAGUCAGUCAGUCACACACACAGUCACCAUCAUGAGGUGUUUAUCAGCACUGAGCUGUGCAGCUCUUCUCAUCACACAGGUUUUAGGGAAGUACGGCGUGGCCCGGUUCAGUGAUUUGGGAGAGAGCAGAGGGAGGGAUUACUGCCUUAACAUCAGCUCCAGCUGGACUCUCUCACCUCUGCAGCAUCCCAACACGUCCACAGUGGAGGUGUACGACCUGACCCAGUCUGUGUUCUGUUCCGACUCUGACGUCCCCGAUGGCGGGUUACUUGGCCGCAUCGCCAUGGUAACAGGGGGGAACUGCAGCUUCUAUGAAAAAGUUCAUUUGGCUAAAAACCAUGGAGCAAGAGGUCUCCUGAUCUUCACCACUGAGGACCUGAUCUUUCCAAACGGGAAUGAGUCUCAGUAUGAGGAGGUCACCAUUCCGCUGGCGUUACUCACUUACGCCAACCUGCUGGACAUCCGCGCGCGUUUCGGAGACAGAAAGCAGGUGGCGCUGUACUCUCCUGUUGAGCCGGACGUGUACUUUAGCGUGGUGGUGAUCUUCAUCUUGGCAGUGGGGACAGUGGUGGGGGGAGGAUACUGGGCCGGGGUCCAAGAAAGCAAAAUACGGAUGCAGGGUGAGGAGUAUAAGACGGAGGAGAUGUCUCCGAAGCUGAUCUUCUUGCUGGUGGCCUCCUGCUGUGUCUGGCUCAUUCUCCUCUACUUCUUUUAUGACAACAUGGUGUACUUCUUCAUCGUGGUUUUCUGUCUCGUCUCCCCUGUGGGUCUGUACAAGUGUCUGUGGACCAUCGUCAGCAGAAUACCCGUGGGAACAUGCAGGGUUCCUGAGAACAACAUGCCUUACUUGAAAAUGCGGCUGGAAUUACGUAUGGUGCUGCUGGCUGUGCUGUGUGCGAGUGUGAGCAUCAUCUGGGGUGUGUUCCGCAACGAUAACCGGUGGGCGUGGGUGCUGCAGGACAUACUGGGCAUGGCUUUCUGUGCGUACACUCUGAAGAUAUUCAGGAUGCACAGCCUCAAAGCCUGCACUCUGCUGCUCGGAGGGCUGUUAUUAUACGAUGUCUUCUUUGUCUUUAUAACACCUUAUUUCACUGAGAGUGGAGAGAGCAUCAUGGCUGAAGUGGCAGGAGGUCCAUCUGUCUCAUCCACACAGGAGAAGAUCCCGAUGGUCCUGAAGGUUCCUUCUCUGAGUUUCACUGCGGUUGUCUGCGGUGGGCCAUUUUUGCUGCUUGGUCUCGGGGACAUUUUACUUCCUGGUCUGCUCGUCGCAUACUGCCACAGGUUCGAUGUCCUCGUCCAGUCAUCACGGGCCUACUUCAUAGCCUCCAUUCUCGGGUACAGUGUGGGUCUGGUCCUCAGCUUUGUGUUUGUGUUACUGAUGAAGUCGGCUCAGCCGGCUCUGCUCUAUCUGGUGCCGUGCACUCUGCUGUUCAGCCUGCCGGUGGCGCUGUGGCGCUCGGAACUCAAGCUCUACUGGACUGGGGGCAUGUUUCUGCCUUCCCCCAUCCCCAUGGGCCCCGUCACUGGGACGCUCGACUCCGCCCUGUCAGAGGCCCCGGCCAGUCAGGAGCCGGGAGUGUGUGAGCCGGCGGAUCAGGACGAAGCCCCGCCUUCUCCUACAGAGCAGGAGCGUCCUCAGAGGAGAGAGGACGCGGACAGCCAAGUGUACUGAAGACCAGAGAGGACGAGCAGCUUUAUUACUUCAUCUUAAAUUGAAUAAAUUUUUAUUUUUUAUUGUUUACAGCAUGUGAUACAGUGCAUCCGGAAAGU